UUCGUGAGAUUUGCUCACUUCAAAGUGGUAGGUUCCAUGACUACUACUACUAGAACUAUAUAGCUCACAUCCUCUCUUUCUUCCCCAAUUUCCUCCCCAUUUUCCCACCUUCCAAACACAAUUUCCAACAACUCUUCUACGUUUCGCAAGCCAGCAAAGAAACGCUAUAAUGGACUCCAGAGAAUCGCAGCCACCGCAUCCACACCAACAUCAACACCACCACCAGACGCAACAAAACAUGUUUCUCUGCGGCCCUACAUCUUCUUACUCCAACUCUACCGCGGGUCACCACGCUAUGAGUAUGAUCAACCCUAACAUUCCUCCCACUGCUGCAGUUGGUUUCCCCUUUAAUUCAGUCUGUCCACAGCGUCCACAACCCAAGCCGCUCUCUUCCGAUGGUGCUUUUGAUGGAUCGUCACCGCCUUCUUCCUCUGGGAUGAGGUUUAGUAUGGAGUCGGCAAAGAAGAAGCGGGGGAGGCCGAGAAAGUACACUCCAGAUGGCAACAUUGCCUUGGGAUUGUCGCCAACCCCGAUGUCAUCCUCGCCCAACUCCAUAGUCCAUGGCGAUUCCGGGGGUGGUACCCCCGGCAUGGCCUCUGAGCUUCCUUCUAAACGAAAUAGAGGGAGGCCGCCAGGGUCAGGCAAGAGGCAACUUGAUGCAUUAGGAGGGGUUGGAGGUGUUGGGUUUACACCUCAUGUGAUUACUGUAAAAGCGGGGGAGGACAUAGCAUCAAAGGUUUUUGCUUUCUCACAGCAAGGGCCACGAACAGUUUGUAUUCUUUCUGCAAAUGGUGCCAUUUGUAAUGUUACUCUUCGUCAACCAGCAAUGUCCGGUGGUACUGUGACAUAUGAGGGCCGCUUUGAGAUUAUCUCUCUUUCGGGUUCCUUCUUGCUUUCUGAAAAUAAUGGUAGUUGCAGCCGAACUGGUGGUUUGAGUGUUUCAUUAGCAGGUUCAGAUGGUAGAGUUCUGGGUGGAGGAGUUGCUGGAAUGCUAAUGGCAGCAUCACCAGUACAGGUCAUUGUGGGCAGCUUUAUUGCAGAUGGGAAAAAAUCAAAUUCUACAAUGUCAAAACCUGCACCUCCACUGGCGCCUACAACCCAGAUAUUGAAUUUUGGUGCACCAUUGACAACAUCCAGCCCUCCUUCCCAAGGGGGCUCUAGCGAGUCUUCUGACGAUAAUGGUAGUAGUCCUCUUAACCGAGAUCCUGGAAUCUUUAAUAACGCAAGCCAACCCAUUCAUAGUAUGAAUAUGUACCAACUAUGGGCUGGCCAAAGUCCACAUUGAAGGUGCUUCUCAAUUAACAAUGUAGAGCUUCAGGGCGUAGGUAUAGCAAAAUCGUGUUUGCCUAGCUGAUCAAGUUGAAAAUCCUAAUGCUAACAUGCAUACUGAAUACAGGCUGCGGAUGAGCUUUGAGCUUUUCUUUCUUUUGUUCUUCAAGAGCAGGUUCCUUUCUUCUUGAGCAGCUUUGGUUUCCUUCUCCUUUUUCUCAUCUGAUUUGGAGAUAUAGAUAUUAGUAGUAGCUGGCAUGUCUCCCCCUUUUUAAGAAUGCUUAGUUCAAUUUGCUAUUUAGGUAUACUGGUCUUUUUCAUGUUCCCUGUUGCUAGUUUGUGCAAGUAAUGUACCCUCCUCUUGUUAAAGUUUAUGAAUAUCCAGCAAGUCAUUCAAUAGAUUUGAGUGGGAUUUGUUGCAACUGAUAUCCCAGUUCGUAGCCGUGUGCAAGUAAUGUACCCUCUUCUUAAAGUUUAUGAAUAUCCAGCAAGUCAUUCAA